AUGAAUGCUGAAGACGAUGACUUAUUGUAUGUUGAGGAAACACUAGAGGAGGUUCUUUUUGGCAAUGCCAGUUCCAGUCCAGAACCUAUAUCUGAAGUAACACCCACUUUCGUAUCGGUUCCCGCUUUAGUCGAGGAGCUCGAGCAUUUGAAGAAGAAUCUCCAGCAUGCCCAGGAAUUGUUAUGUGAAACUGAGGCAACAAAUGCUACACUUGUGGAUCAGAGCCGUUUACUGAAAGAGGAGAUCCGCCGUCUUCAAAGAAACGAACAACGUCUUAAUCACGUUGAGAACACCGAGUAUCUGAAGAAUAUUAUAAUCAAGUUCCUGAGUCCAGAGCGCGUCUCCGGCGAGCGCCAGCAACUGAUUCCGAUUCUCAGUACAAUGCUGCAGUUGUCUCCCGAAGAGAUCGAAAGUCUCAAUCGCGCCGCUGCUCAAGAUGAUGCUACUGUGUCCCGCGAGUCUGACAAUUCUUGGGGAACACUCCUUCGUUGGGGUCGCCUUAACUGA